UGGGCCACAUCCCUCACACAGGACGCCAACCUGCCUCUGCAGUCUCCUCUCAAGGUAGACAAGAUCCCUGGAGGCGUGCAGCUGACCCUACAGGUACCCGACGGUGACACCCAAAAGCCUGUGGACAUCCAAGUAACAGUGGAGCCCCCCUCGGCAGACGCCCCUGCCAUGUUCCGAGCCGUGCGCUCCGGCCCUCACUGCCAGAUCACACCACCCGGCGAGCCUGCCCUCAUGGCCUCCAUGCUCUCCGCCCUGCGCAAGUCCGUUGCGCUGUCUCGACCGUCAGGAUGA